CCACACAGAAUAGAAGACGAGUUCCCACGCACUGUGGAGACCCGCUGUGCUUCUCUCUAGCUACUGACUACUCAUUCAGGCCAAAAAAAAAAAAAAAAAAAGCACGGGUUUUUGGUGACAGGCACCAUGCGCAAUGACUGACUCUGUGGUCGAAUCCAAGAGCUGCACCGAAAUUUAGUCCGCAUCAUUCCCUGACAGCUCCCCGAGAGAGGCAACAGAAACGCAGAGCUGGAUUAUCAGCAAUGCGGGACUUGGAGUCAUGCCUGCCUUGAGGAUGUAGUUGAAACGAAGCAACACUCUCACAUUUGAGAGAUUGUGAUAGAGCAGCCAUGACAGACACAGUGAUGAGCAGCUCAGAUCGUUGGGUGUCCAAUGACAGGCAGAGGGGCAUGCAUGCGAGUGAUAAAGAGCAGGGCAACUGGACCAUGCAGCCAGGCCCUGGUCCUGGUCCAGACCUGACGGAUGAAGAGAAGGAGAUUAUAAACAGUGUAAUCGCCCGUGCAGAGAAAAUGGAGGCCAUGGAGCAGGAGAGGAUUGGGCGCUUGAUAAACCGCCUGGAUGACAUGAAGAAGACUGUGUGCGGGGAUGGAGUAUCCCGCUGUUUGGUGUGUGGGGAGCAGCUGGGCUCACCUGGGGUCAGCUCAGUGGUGUGUGAAGACUGCAAAAAGAGUAUGUGCACCAAGUGUGGUACGCAGUGUAGCAGUCGACCUCGUGCUGUGUGGCUAUGCAAGAUCUGCAGAGAACAGCGAGAGGUGUGGAAGAGGUCCGGUGCCUGGUUCUUCAAAGGUUUUCCUAAGCAUUUCUUACCUUCGCCGAUGCCAUUAUCGAAACCAAAAGAGACAAGUGCCCCAGCGGCUGCAGAGGCCCAAGGGCCGAAAGCCUCCGGGCCCAGGGAGGCAACAGCUCAGCCACCAGCCCAACCACCAGGACCAGAGACACAGACACGUGCGGGUUACCCACCUGUGGCUCCUAAACCGACGGUUGCGCGAAUGGCCACGGGUGGAGCUGGUCCUGAUGAUGUGGGGCAGAGCAGUCCCAUGGUGAUGAAGAAGAUGGUGCCUGUUCAGAGCUCCAGACCUCAACCUGCUGCAGCUGCCUCUCUGACCCAGCAGGGUUCGGUGACAGGAGAUGGAAGCUCUUACUCUUCUGGUGCAGUUCCUUCUGAACACAGAGCGCCUCCUGCAGUGCGAGAGGAGAGGAGGCAGCCCGCUGCCUACAACGCUCCUCCCGUCCGACAGCAACCUCCCCCAGCGGAGGAGGAGGAGGAGGCCAACGACUAUGACUCUGAUGAAGCCACCACUCUGGGCUCUCUAGAGUUCAGUCUGCUCUACGAACAGGAAAGCAACAGCCUCCACUGUAGCAUCCUCAAAGCAAAGGGACUGAAACCCAUGGACUCGAAUGGGCUAGCAGAUCCUUAUGUCAAGCUCCAUCUGCUACCAGGGGCGAGCAAGUCAACAAAGCUGCGUACAAAGACACUGAGAAACACCCGCAACCCUGUGUGGAAUGAGACGCUCACCUACCAUGGGCUGACAGAUGAGGACAUGCAGCGAAAGACUCUCAGGCUGUCUGUCUGUGAUGAAGACAAGUUUGGGCAUAAUGAGUUUAUUGGGGAAACCCGAGUGGCGCUGAAGAAACUGAAGCUGAACACGAAGAAAAACUUUAACGUGUGUCUCGAGAGAGUUGUCCCCACGAAGAGAACAGCAACAGCCGGUGCAGCUCGAGGCAUUGCUCUCUACGAAGAUGAGGUGGGGAAAGAUGGAGGAGAUGUGGAGGAACGUGGUCGGAUUCUGAUCUCCCUCAUGUACAACACCCAGCAGAACCGCCUCAUCGUAGGUGUUGUGCGCUGCGUUCAUCUGGCUGCCAUGGAUGCUAAUGGUUACUCUGACCCUUAUGUCAAAAUAUGCCUGAAACCUGAUAUGGGAAAAAAGGGGAAGUGCAAAACACAGAUCAAGAAGCGGACUCUAAACCCAGAAUUUAAUGAGGAAUUCGGCUAUGAUAUCAAACACAGUGAACUUGCCAAGAAGACUUUAGACAUCUCUGUGUGGGACUACGAUAUCGGAAAGGCCAAUGACUACAUAGGUGGUUGCCAGCUGGGUAUUACUGCAAAAGGAGAAAGGCUGAAACAUUGGUAUGAGUGUUUGAAGAACAAAGACAAGAAGAUUGAGCGUUGGCACACCUUGAUGAAUGAGAAUCAUGUCUCUAGUGAUUAACCACUUGCCCCUCCAUACAGCAUGAGCUAAACCCCCACUCUAUAGUUUGCAGUCACACCUAAUGCAGUUGUUUUCCAGUUUGUUGUUUUUACGCAUACAUUCUAUUUCAUACAGGCUUCUCUCUGCUCUGCUGUCCUACACUAUACUCUUCUUUCCUGGCGUCCAGUAACUGUUUCUCUCUGGUUGUGCUGUUACUUAAUCUGCCUCUGGGACAAAUCAUGGCAUAAAUGAAAUAGGAAUUUCAUUAAUUUUACCAAGACAUCAAGUGCAACUUGUCAAGGAACAGCUGCACAAAGACCAUCAUGCCUGUCAGUGACAUUAAAUUAUGCGUUGAACUUGACACAUUCUUUCCUAAAGAAAUGGAAGUCUGAAUUGCACUGGCUCAGAUUAAGAAAAGCAAUAUGUUAUGGCAUAUGAGGUCAAAACCCUCCCUGAAGGUAAUAAAUGCUCAUGCCUGUAAUUCAUUAGACUGUCAGGGUAUAACUUUUGAUUUUUCUGUGAUUACUUCAUGCUGUAGUGUAACACUUGAAUUGUAUAAGCAUGCCAAGCUACAGAUAAGAAUUACAUGCAGCUGCACCUUCACUAAUUACAGCUGUGCCCACUGUCCUUAACAUAUUGUAUAUUUCCAUGAAGAAAUGUUUACAUAUUGAUACAUUGCUCAGGUUAGGAUAGAAAAUACAGUCAUCUGAUAUGCAGAUGAUUCAUUAAUCUGUGGACCAUGAGCUAGAUGAAUCUUUCAUCAGUUGCUGUUAAUUUAAGAUUAUAGCACAUGUAGUUAAUAUUAGGACUUUUUACGUAUUAUUAAUUGGGCUGUGAAUUUUGAGUUUGUUGGAUGUAGGCCUCUUAAUUGUUUCAUUAGGAAAAACUGAAAAGUGAACAGUAUUUUUUCCAGUUCAUUUCUGGCAGGAAAAAGGAGUUUCCUCCUGCUACCUCUACUCCUCUGAAGCUUGCGGUUCACUCUGAUGUAUCAGAGGUUUUCUACUGCAGUUGUACACUUGGUCAGGUUUCUUACUAGUUCCCGUAGAGGAUGCAGCUGCUCUGCUUGAUAGGUAGAGUAGGUGCAACAGGUUUUGUCAUAGGUAUGUGCAGCUUUACCUGCAUGCACUGUGCUCGUGAUUCUUGUGUGCCUAGGGCAGCUGUGGCCUGCUUUUACCCCAACACACACUUUGCACAAAGCAGGGCCCUUUCUUUUCUGCCACACUCCAAUCAUUAAGGCUUUAGUGUGUGUUGUUCUCUAAUCACAGCAAACCAAGGAAAGCACACCUUACAAAGUGGAAUGACCUCAAUUUAUACAGCUGUUUGCAAGUUAUUCCAAUGUCAAAACAAAGACAAAAACAAAAAAUCCUAUGCAUGAAAUGUCUUGUGGUUCAAGAUAUAUAUUCUUUGUAAGAAAUUAAUGCUAUUGUAAUUCCAUUGAUGUUUACACUUCUUCCCCAUAACAUUCCUGUCACUACUUUAUAUACAAAAUGCCAUAUUCUGCAUGACUAUGGUGAUUAUAGUGUAAACUGAAUAAACUGGUCUGAUAGCAUUCACAGGAUAAACUGAUAAUAACUGUUAAAAACUGAGCACAUCAAUGAAACUAUCCAUCUCUAUAGUAGCAGACAUUGAGAUCAAUCUCAUUCAUGGAAUGAGCCUUUCUGUACAUACACAUUGAAAUCUCUCUAGUGUCUUGUUCCCGCUCCACAGCCACUCUGCCCUCCAGCGGCGCUGAUUCAACACCCAUCAGUAGCAUCACACACUGUCUUAUGUUGUGCUCCUUCAGACACAGUGAUCAUUGGAUAAUGAUCAGCAUAAAGUAUAUUCAGUAGUUUUUUAACAGGCUUCUCUCUGAGCUACUGACACAGCUUUCCUUUACUUGAUUCUGCCAGUUCAGUGGAAUGUUUAUUUGUUUAUCUCUGUAUUUGUACAUAGAUAGUGCAUGCACUGAAAAGUUGUAUGUUUGCAAAUAACUUUGCAUGUAAAGAUUUUGCAGAGUUUACACAGAUCAAUAAAAUCUAAUGAAAACUUGCAAA